CCGAGCCCUAUUUCACACUUCUUCACUCGCGCGAGAUGUUUCAUUACCUCUGCAUCCAAAUAGCGCCUAAAUAACCACAAGGGUUGGUUUUCUUAUACAUGCGGAAUCGCGGAUAGUAGUGACUUCACCCUAGGAACGUCAUCCGGGAGCUUCAUCUGGCUGGAUUGAAGUGAAUCCAGACCUGUAUGGUUUUAUUAUUCGGAUCUCUUCGGCUUCUGUUUACAUGACAAUUCGGACAUUAUAUUGUUGAGUCUGUGUGUGUGCACGCGAAGAUAAUCAUGGCGAGUGACUCUCCGGCGAGGAGCCUGGAUGAGAUCGACCUCUCUGCUCUGCGGGACCCUGCGGGUAUAUUUGAGCUGGUGGAGCUUGUGGGAAAUGGGACAUACGGACAAGUAUAUAAGGGACGUCAUGUCAAAACGGGCCAGCUUGCUGCUAUCAAGGUCAUGGAUGUCACAGGGGAUGAGGAGGAGGAGAUCAAAGCUGAGAUCAACAUGCUGAAGAAAUACUCCCACCAUCGGAACAUCGCCACCUACUAUGGUGCCUUCAUCAAGAAGAACCCGCCUGGCAUGGAUGACCAGCUUUGGUUGGUGAUGGAGUUUUGUGGUGCUGGCUCAGUGACGGAUCUGAUCAAAAACACAAAAGGGAACUCUAUAAAGGAGGAGUGGACCGCUUACAUCUGCAGAGAGAUCCUUAGGGGUCUAACCCAUUUGCAUCAGCAUAAGGUCAUCCACCGUGACAUCAAAGGUCAGAAUGUUUUGCUCACAGAAAAUGCGGAAGUCAAACUAGUUGAUUUUGGUGUGAGUGCACAGUUAGACCGCACCGUUGGUAGGAGGAACACGUUUAUUGGCACGCCAUAUUGGAUGGCUCCAGAGGUCAUUGCCUGUGAUGAAAACCCAGACGCCACAUAUGACUUCAAGAGUGAUCUGUGGUCGCUGGGAAUUACGGCCAUUGAAAUGGCAGAAGGAGCCCCUCCACUGUGCGACAUGCAUCCCAUGCGCGCUCUCUUCCUCAUCCCUAGAAACCCAGCACCAAGACUUAAGUCCAAGAAGUGGUCAAAAAAGUUCCAGUCGUUUAUUGAGAGCUGUUUGGUAAAGAAUCACAAUCAGAGACCCAGCACCGAACAACUGAUGAAACAUCCCUUCAUCAAAGACCUCCCCAACGAGAGACAGGUCCGAAUUCAACUGAAGGACCACAUUGACCGGACAAAGAAGAAGAGGGGAGAGAGGGAUGAGACCGAGUAUGAAUACAGUGGAAGUGAAGAAGAGGAGGAAGAGCGGGACAUUGGAGAGCCGAGCUCCAUCAUCAACAUCCCUGGAGAGUCUACCCUGAGGCGGGACUUUCUGCGUCUGCAGCUGGCCAAUAAGGAACGCUCGGAAGCCCUGAGAAGACAACAGCUGGAACAACAGCAGAAUGAGGAACACAAGCGCCAAUUACUGGCUGAGAGGCAGAAACGCAUUGAAGAACAGAAAGAGCAAAGAAGAAGACUGGAAGAGCAACAGCGACGGGAGAGAGAGCUCCGGAAACAGCAGGAAAGAGAGCAGAGAAGGCGCUAUGAAGAGAUGGAACAGCUGCGGAGAGAGGAGGAGAGGAGGCACGCAGAGAGGGAGCAGGAGUAUAUCCGUCGACAGUUAGAAGAAGAACAAAGGCAGUUGGAGAUUCUACAACAGCAGCUCCUCCAAGAACAGGCUCUUCUUCUGGAAUAUAAACGGAAGCAGUUGGAGGAACAGCGUCAGGCCGAGCGGUUACAGCGGCAGCUCCAACAGGAAAGGGCUUACCUUGUCUCACUGCAGCAACAGCAGCAAGAGCCACGGCCUGCGGACAAAAAACAGCUCUACCACUACAAAGAUUCUGUCAACUCUAGUGACAAACCAGCCUGGGCCAAAGAGGUCAUGAGGAGAACUCAGAGUAACUCUCCUCGAAUCCCUCCCAAGAAGCACCAUUCAUUUAACCACCCUGGAGAAAAACAGGUUGGCCACCACCUCCACCCUGACCAAAGCCCGUAUUAUCAGCCCACCAGGCCCCCCUCAUACCCCGCCGACUCAUCCUCCCACUCAAGAGAGAUGGAGCUGGCCGAGCCUCAGCUCAGGAUAGUCAGUGGGCCUAACGUUCCUAGAAUCCGUGUGUCCUGUGAACCAGAUCCAUCCGAGCUGGCCCGAAUUGCCCAGCAGCUCAUCGACCAAGAGUACCGUGGUCGCACUCCCGGCCGCCCCAUCAAAGGGGCUGACAUAGAGAAAAACUUAUAUGUUUCAGAGGUUGAAGAGCGCUCCAAGCUGAACCGUCAGAGCUCUCCGGCUCUUCAGCACAAAGUGGCCAACCGUAUUUCAGACCCCUCGCUGCCUCCCCGCUCAGAGUCAUUUAGCAGUGGAGGUAUUCAGCAGUCCCGGACACCUCCCAUGCACCGCUCGGUAGAGCCACAGAUGGCACACCUGGUUUCUGUGAAGUCUCAUGGCUCCUCUAUGACGGGAUCCCAGUCGCUGCAUGACCAGUCCUCUCAGGGCGUCUCAGCCUUCCAGGAGGGUCUGUCACCCCACCGACCACCGAUGCCCCGACAGAACUCUGACCCAACGUCAGAAACCCCGGCCCCACCUCCUCGCAUCACCAGCCGAGAUGACAAGUUUGACCGAAGCUCUUGGCUAAGACAGGAAGAUGACGUCCCUCCAAAGGUCCCCCAAAGGACCACUUCUAUAUCACCUGCACUGGUGAGGAAAAACUCCCCAGGGAAUGGGCCAGGUGGACUGGGGCCAAGAACUGGAGCACAUCUGAUCCGAGCCAGUAACCCAGACUUGCGAAUUCCCAUGGAGUCUCUCCAAAGGACCAGCAGUGGGAGUUCCUCCAGUUCCAGUACACCCAGCUCUCAGGGCGGCUCCAGCGAGAGGAACCGGGUGGGAGGGUCCAGUAAGCCUGAGGGGUCACCAGCAGUGUCCCAAGAAUCCAAGACCAAAACCCAGGAGGAGAACAGGGAGGUGACCAGACCCAGCCGACCAGCGGACCUCACUGCUCUGGCCAAAGAACUCAGAGAGCUGCGAACCAAUGAGGAGUCCAACCGGCCACCCAGAAAAGUGACGGAUUACUCAUCAUCCAGUGAGGAUUCGGAAAGCAGUGAGGAGGAGGAUGGAGAAGGCGGGGCUAACGAUGGAACAGUGCCCGUUAGUGAUAUUCCACGCAUCAUGCCUUCUGCUGGCCAGGGUGGCAAUGACUUACUGGGCAACCAGGAAGAUUCUCAUGCCAAUGAUUCAUUUGGCAAAAAUUUGCAAGACAGCAGCACCCUGAUGAUGAGAGAGACAUUUGGGGAAAGAAAGCUCGGUCAUGCCGAGAGCAAUGGUUUCCCCGGUAACUCCAAUCUGCCCGAUUUAGUGCAGCAAAGCCACUCCCCCUCAGCCACGCCUGGCGAGGGCCCUGGGCGGCACUCUAGUGGGCUGGACCUGGACUCUGUGGCUGAAUUUGGGAUGGGGAGUGGAUCCAAAGCCUCCUUCACUCCAUUUGUGGACCCACGAGUGUAUCAGACCUCCCCCACAGAGGACGAUGAGGACAACCCUGCCUCAGCUCAUUUUGCAGAUGAACACCUGCGGCAAGAGCAGGAACAGGAACAAGCUCGACUGAAUGAGGCUCGAAAAAUUUCUGUCGUUAAUGUCAAUCCCAUCAACAUCCGGCCCCACAGCGACACCCCGGAAAUCCGCAAGUACAAGAAACGCUUCAACUCUGAGAUCCUGUGCGCGGCACUCUGGGGAGUAAACCUGCUAGUAGGAACAGAGAAUGGACUGAUGUUGUUAGAUCGCAGUGGUCAGGGCAAAGUCUACAAUCUCAUCAACCGCAGACGCUUUCAGCAGAUGGAAGUGCUGGAGGGUCUCAAUGUUCUUGUUACCAUAUCAGGCAAAAAGAAUAAACUGAGGGUCUAUUACCUGUCAUGGCUUAGAAACAGGAUACUUCACAAUGACCCUGAGGUAGAAAAAAAACAAGGAUGGAUUACAGUUGGUGACCUAGAGGGCUGUGUCCAUUAUAAAGUCGUCAAAUAUGAGAGGAUUAAGUUUUUGGUGAUUGCAUUGAAAAAUUCAGUGGAGAUCUAUGCCUGGGCUCCAAAACCCUACCACAAGUUCAUGGCUUUCAAGUCUUUCACAGAUCUUCAGCACAAGCCUCUGCUCGUUGACCUUACAGUGGAGGAAGGUCAGAGGUUAAAGGUUAUCUAUGGCUCCAGCGUUGGUUUUCACGUGAUAGAUGUUGACUCCGGGAAUCCGUACGAUAUCUACAUUCCGUCCCACAUUCAGGGCACUGUUAGCCCUCACGCCAUUGUGGUGCUUCCCAGGACGGACGGCAUGGAGAUGCUUCUGUGUUAUGAAGAUGAGGGAGUCUAUGUGAACACAUACGGCAGAAUCACUAAAGACGUGGUGCUCCAGUGGGGAGAGAUGCCCACCUCUGUUGCCUAUAUCCACUCCAACCAGAUCAUGGGCUGGGGAGAGAAAGCCAUUGAGAUCCGCUCCGUGGAAACGGGACACCUCGAUGGAGUUUUCAUGCACAAGCGAGCUCAGCGACUGAAGUUCCUUUCGGAGAGAAACGAUAAAGUGUUCUUUGCCUCUGUCAGAUCAGGAGGCAGCAGCCAAGUUUUCUUCAUGACCUUGAACAGAAAUUCCAUGAUGAACUGGUAAUUCAUCCACGUCCCUCCCCUGCAUUGUAUCCGUGGACCUUUUCUACUUUAUUGAAAAGUGUGAAAAAAGGAAAGACCAGCAGAAAAUCCAGGUGCACUGGAUAAACUUUGGAACAAACUUUGCUGGAUCCUUCUCAGAAAAGUAAAAGACAGAUCAAACCCACUGCCAAAAUUUUGGGUGCCUCCCUAAUCUACAAGGGGUGCCGGAGAAGAACAAACGGUCUGCAUUAUUUUUUAUUGCUCUUUCAUUGCUGUAUGUGGGGUUUAUGUUUUUGUCAUUAUAAAUAUGUAUCUAGAUUCUUCUGGAGGUGAUUAUUGGAAGACUGAAAAUAUGGGAAAUACGACCAACAGAAUAGAGCAAAUAUUUAAAGUGAUUUGUACUGUUAAGACACUUUUGACACAAUUUAUCACCAUUGAGCUGAACAUCAGUAAUCCUCCCUUAAAAGAAUAUUUCAAUAAGGCUGGUUUGUGUGAUCAACCCAAUAUUUAGAGCCCAAACCUUUGUGGGACACAUUUGAUCCACACUUUGCUUUUGAAGAAAACCUUUUUAUGUUUCAACUUGGAAUGCACAGAAAUAUUUAUGUAAUGCCAAUAUCACAAUGUAUGGAUUUAACUGAUAUUUAAGGCUUGUAUGAUACUUUAUUAAUUAGCACAUUAUGUUGGAGCAGACACAUCUUGGGCUGAACACACAAUGCCUUAAGAAUUUGCAAAGCUGCUCGUUUUUAUUUUUUAGUCCAUAUAUUAAUGUUUAUGCAUAUUUAUGUAAGUAAAGGGAAAAUAUUGCUUUUCAAUGGAAAUUGAUGCCUGCCACUAUGGAUAAGUAAGAUAAGUAUAUAUCCAUUCUGAUGCUGAAUAUUCAUACUGUGCAUUCCUAGUUUUAUGUCAAAGCUCUGUUUAUUUAGAUUACAGUUGUAGUCUGUAGUCACUGUUCCACGUGCUCAGGGAGAUGGCGCCGUAAAUCGCACUUCUGUAGAUCAGACCUUUUUUCCACUGAUUUCCAUGAGGCACUUUUAGCUUUUGAUAUUGAUUUAUUGUGUAUUGUGGGCUAACUUUUAUGAGAACAUGAACUUCCACAUGGGCUGAAAAAGAUGCAAAUCAUCUUUGAUGUCAGAGUAAGGCUGAUAGAAAGCUUUGUAAACAUCACAGUGAAUGGAAACAGUCCAAGCACUUCAACUCUGAUCCAUAAAUAUUACAGAGCUUUGUAGUGAAACAUAAAAAAGUACAUUUAAAGGUGCUGUAAGCGAUUUCCACCAUUUUGAUAACUUGCACUAGACGAAGACACUGAAUUAAACCGCCCACAUGGCUUCAACUACAUGCCCGCUCUCCAAAAAGCAUCCUCCGGAGAUAUGCCAUCAAAACAUGAACAGGUGAAAGACAGAUCUGUUUCUAAUUGUCUAGUUUACUGUUUGGCUAAAAAAGGGUGGGUCGCUCCCCUGACUGAUAAAGGUAUUAUGAGGGAACCCAAAACUUAUUGUGAGCAAAAAAUUAAUUCCUUUCCUGUCCUCUAGGGGACAUUUUUGGUAUGGUAACGCCUACAACACCUUUAAGAUUGCAUUGAGUCACACUGUUGCUUUGUAAGAGUGUAUGUGCAUUGUGUACGUACAAAUGGGUGAGUGAAUGAUGAAAUGUAAAGCUAUCCCAUCAACAAUACAAAAAGGGUAGUUGUGUUACCAUGAGACACCAGCAAUAUCAAAUAUUUUUCAUAUCAGGAGAAACAAGCCUCCAUGUGUCAUUAGGAUAAGAAUGUGCUGCAGUUUAGUAUAUUUACAUCUGUUUUCCCAUGAUUAUCAGCAAAGUGCAAUAAAGGCCAAGGGAAUCGAGCCUCUUAAUAUAUCUACUCAAGAUGGAUCUAGGCCUCCAAACAGUUUUUAGAGGGACUUUUCACUACCACCCUCUGUAAAUAUCCACUUCCUGUUUUGAAAGUGUCCUGCCUCCCAAAUGAAUGCAUAGAAACUUUGAGGGUGUGACAAAAUUGUGUGAUGAUGUAUGUGGUUCUGUACGAUGAUCCUCCUCCUCCUCCAAAUCUAUCGCAGACGUGUGAAUUUGAAGAUUUUGUGUGUAUCACAUGAAUCAGUGAAUGAAAUGUAGUGUCUUGUGAGUUGAGCUUCCUUUUAGGCUACCUCGUUUCUGUACACCUGUCAGAUCAGUUCAGUUUUCCAUGUGGACGAUGACUAUUGAUGCCGUAAAUGAAACCUCUAAUUGACACAAUAUUCAAGAUCAUAGUUUGAAGAGGCAAGUAUUUCUUCUCUUGGGGGCAUUAUGUCUUUUUGAAAUUCAACCAAUAGACCAGUGAUUUUUAAAAUGAUCAUAAUAGGCCAUUUCAAUUAGCUCAAUUGGCUUUAAUUAUGUUCUAAUUAGUUAAUGUAAAAAAUGCUGUUUUUUCAUUACAUGUAGACUUGAGGUGAUUUGAGUGUAGAGAGUCAGGAACAUUCAGAAAAAGAAGUUUAAAAAAAAAAAUCAUGGUGCAAUGUAUUGUGCAAUUAACAGCCAAAUAAAGCCUACACUUCAUAUUAAUAGACUUUCUAUUAAAGUCUUUCCAAAUGACUUGACGUUCUAUUAAAAAUAGAUGGGAUCAUUACAUUGGAAAUUUAUAUACAUUCAUUUAUAGACAUUUAUAUAUUUUAAUUGCUGUUUUGGAAUGGCAAUAGUGUAAAUUUACACUUGAAACUGGGAUCUUUUGAGACUUCAUGUUUUGUUGUCCAUCAAACUGAAUGGAGUGUGGAUAUGUGUGCAGGUUUGACAUCUGCCCUGCUACUUAUGGGGUCUUCCCAUCAUUUUUAUCAACACAGGUGUAAACUGUGAGGUUGGUUGAUUUCGUCAUUCUCUCAUGCACCACUUUCAAUGUGGUUUCUUUGUCUGGAAAGCCUUCUGAUGUGUGCUUGACCUAAUUUAAAAAAACUGGACAUUAAUGUUGUAAGUACAUCCUUUAAUAUUCAGCCGGAGACAGUUGUUGUUUUAUUUCUGUAUUUCUCUAAUUAGUUUGUCUAUUAAACUUUGAGAUUCAUAGCACAAUCGUGUUCUGGAUAUUGGCUGUUAUUUUUUAUGUUUGAUCCAGUGUGUGAAUGUGUGGGUGGGUGUGUGUGUUUUAAAAAAAUGUCUUUCUUAAAGGGAUAGUUCACACAAAAAUGAAAAUUCUCUCAUCAUUUACUCACCCUCAUGCCAUCCCAGAUGUGUAUGACUUUCUUCUGCAGAACACAAACGAAGAUUUUUAGAAGAAUAUUUCAGCUCUGUUGGUCCUUUCAAUACAAGUCAAUGGUGACCAGUCCUUUUCAAGUUCCAAAAAUCACAUAAAGGCAGCAUAAAAGUAAUCCAUAUGAUUCCAGUGGUUAAAUAUGUCUUAAGAAGUGAUAUAAUGGGUGUGGGUGAGAAACAGAUAAAUAUUUAAGUCCUUUUAAAAUAUGGAUUAAUUUUAUGCUGCUUUUUUGUGCUUUUUAGAACUUCAAAGGUCUGGUCACCAUUCACUUGCAUUGAAAGGACCUACAGAGCUGAGAUAUUCUUCUACAAAUCUUUGUGUUCAGCAGAAGAAAGUCUUAAACAUCUGGGAUGGCUGAAGGUUAGUAAAUUAUGAGAGAACUAUUCCUUUAAGCUUGUAAAAAACACCAAUUAAAGAAUACAGGCAUAUUUACACUAAAAUGAGAAUUGUUGAAUUUUCUGGAUUGCAGACCUUCUGUUAAAAGGUAUUUGGAGCUGAAACUGGGCAUGUCAUGUGUCGUUCACUACAAAAUGUGCAGCCAUAAAGUUCAUAUGAAAUAUUAGGCUGUAGUGUUAUAUAAAAACAUUUUAAGGCUAUGAAACUAGGAAGGUCUGUCUUUCUUUAAAUAUAACUAAAUGUAGCCUGGACUUUUAAGAGAUGCUGAUCUCAUCUAAACUGUGCCUAGUCUAUGUAGUGGGUGUUUCAGUUAAUCAAUUUAUUACAUGGUAUACAGGGGUGGACUGGGAAGAGAAAUCGGCCCGGGAUUUUACAUAGAAACUGGCCCAAAAGUUGUCGCUGUCCUUUCCUGCAUAUCGCUGCCCCCUUCGGCAUAACGCGGCGGACCAUUUCAGUUUAUUCCCGGUUCUCCUGAUGGCCAGUCCGCCCCUGAUCGACCCCAAAGUGUGUCGGCCCACUGGGAAAAUGCCAGGUAUGCCAGAUUACCAAUCCAGCCCUGAUUGGUGUAUAUCAAACAAACAACAAAAACACCAAAAAUCCCUCCUGUAAUCCAACCCACAAAAGUGCUGAAUCUUCUGAAUAUUUUAUGGACGUAGAACUUUAAAGAGUCAUUUAUUUAUUUAUUUAUUUUUGCUUGAUAUUCUGAUUCGUUUUAUUUAUUGUUUUGUACAGUGUGUAAAUGCGGGUAUAUCGGUGUAUUUAAAGCAGCAGUGUUAUUGCUGUUAUUUCAAAGGGAUUGUUUUUUUUUUAGUGGUAUUCUGGAUUAGUUUGUCUGAAAUAACAAUGAAAUCUAUAUUAUAAUGUUAGAGAUGCUUUAAUAUGAGUGCUUCAUUUUACAAUUUUAACCAUUUAGGUUUUUUUAAGUAGUUAAUUUUUAUUGGUUUAAUAACUUGAUUAAUUUCAAUGUGAUAUUGUUCAGUGCUAUAUCGCCUUAUGAAAUAAAUUUCCCCCUGAUUAUUGCAAAAAAAA